UCAGUUCUUCCGAAAGAACCGGGUUUUAGUUUGGUGUCAUGCCUGCUUCUUCUCUUAGUCACUCAUCAUUACGUAGCUGAGCUUCUUCGAAUCAGUAAAAUAAAGGUUUGUUUGCUUAGCCGUGAAGUGGGAACUUUGUAUUUAGUGAAUCCUUUCUUUGGUAUUGAAACUUUCACUAAAGUUCUCAGCUUUGUUCGUUACGUCUGAGAUUAUGCUAAAAGAGUAUGUUCUCUCUGCUCAUGUGUUAAAAUUAGAGCUUUAGAUUGCUUCGGCUUUGGUGUUCAUAGUAGAAUCAUGGGUGAUGUCUUCUGGUUGAGUCCUGUCUCCAUCACUUGUACAUCGAAUCAAUUGGACUAUAGAUGUUGUUCAGUCAAGAAGAGCAGUUGUAUCUGGAGAAGAAGUUGUCAUUGGUCUUUGAAGCCAAACCGUGUAAAAACAAAGUCUUUUUCAUUAGGAACAACGAGACUAUGUUUAAGGAAGGUGAGUAGUGAGUUAGACAGAUCUUCCAACGGUGAUACUAUGGCCUUGGAAUGUGGAUUGAAAGAAAAGAGCUUUCUUGCACAUAAACAAGAAAGUCUUUACGGUGUCUUUGUGGAAACUGAGUUAGAAGAGAAGCCUGAAGCAGAUAGUAGGAGUAGGAUACAUUUCUUAGAGGAGAGAGACGAGGAGAUGUUAUCAAAGAGACUUCUGAAACUCAGCAGGUUAGAUAAACUCAGAAGCGCAUCCGAGCUGUUUGAUUCCAUGAGACUUUCAGGUUUACAACCCAACCCUCACGCCUGCAACUCUUUCCUCUCAUGCCUCCUGAGGACUGGGAAUCUUCAGAAAAUCUUUACCGUCUUUGACUUCAUGAGGAAAAAGAACAACCUCACAGGCCACACUUAUAGCUUGCUGUUGAAAGCUGUCUCAGAGCUAAAGGGAUGUGACUCUGCGUUAAGAAUGUUUAGAGAGUUAGAAAAAGAUCCAAAACACAAGAGUCACUUCGAUGUUGUUGUAUAUAACACCGUGGUUUCUCUAUGUGGACGUGUGAACAACGUGUACGAGACAGAGAGAGUAUGGAGAGUUAUGCAAAGUGAGGGUCUAAUUGGAACAGAGGUUACGUACUCUCUUCUUGUUAGCAUCUUUGUUCGGUGUGGGAGAAGCGAGUUGGCUCUUGAUGCAUACGAUGAGAUGAUUCACAACAACAUAUCUCCUAGAGAGGAUGCAAUGCACGCGAUGAUAAGCGCGUGUACUAAGGAAGAAAGAUGGAGGUUAGCGUUGAAGAUCUUUGAGAGUAUGUUAAAGAGAGGGAUGAAGCCUAAUCUUGUAGCCUGCAACACGUUGAUAAACUCGUUGGGAAAGGCUGGGAAAGUUGGAUUGGUGUUUAAGGUUUACAGUGUUGCUGCAAAGUCUUUAGGACAUAAACCUGAUGAGUACACAUGGAAUGCGUUACUCACGGGUUUAUACAAAGCAAACCGGUACGAAGAUGUUCUUCAGCUGUUUGAUAUGGUAAGAAGUGAAAGCCUAUGUUGUUUAAAUGAAUAUCUAUACAACACAGCUUUGAUGUCUUGCCAGAAGCUUGGCUCUUGGGAGAAAGCUGUGAAGCUUUUGUAUGAGAUGGAAGUUUCUUCGGGAGUUACAGUUUCAACUUCUUCAUAUAAUCUGGUUAUAAGCGCUUGUGAGAAGUCAAGGCAGUCUAAAGUAGCGUUGCAAGUGUAUGACCACAUGGUUCAAAGGGGUUGUGAUGCAGACACGUUUACGUAUCUGUCUCUUAUAAGGAGUUGCAUUUGGGGUUCACUGUGGGGAGAGGUUAAAGAUAUCUUGAAGAAGGUGGAACCUGAUGUGUCACUUUACAACGCAGCUAUACAUGGAAUGUGUUUGAGACGUGAGUUUAAGUUAGCUAAAGAGAUCUAUGUGGAGAUGAGAGAGAUGGGUUUGGAACCGGAUGGUAAAACUCGAGCUAUGAUGCUACAGAACUUGAAGAGACAUUAAAAAAGGUUAAUGUUUUUUGGUGUGUACUCAUAUAAGCCAAGACAAAGAUACUUUGUUAUUAAUUUCGUUGAAAGCAAGUUACACAUCUCCCAAAAACCCUAACCUUUACAUCGUGAAUGAUCAAAACUCAUUAAUUA